UGUACGUUGCCCCCUGGCGGCUGUGAGGUGCAAGUGCCUGAUAAUAGCCAAUGAAUUCUAGCACUGCCGAGAACCUCAAGCAGUGCUAAAUUACGCUAGUCUUUAAUUUUCCUAUCGAUAUUUAGCGCUGCAACGUUUGUUUUUCACGUCGCUGGUGUCCCCAAGAGUCGCAGCCCUGCAUUCCAAAAAGGAAGACGAGUACUUCACUAUGAGCUCAGAGGAUGGUGACAUGGAGAACCAGGCUGAGCUGGAAGAGAAGACCAGGCUCAUCAACCAGGUGUUGGAGCUUCAGCACACUUUAGAGGACCUGUCUGCCCGAGUCGAUGCUGUAAAGGAAGAGAACCUGAAGCUGAAGUCGGAGAACCAGGUCCUGGGUCAGUACAUUGAGAACCUCAUGUCGGCUUCCAGUGUCUUUCAGACCACUGACACCAAGAGCAAACGAAAGUAAGGAGACCUUCAGAGAGGCCUGACCUAAAUCCACCCCUCCACUGUCCCUUAACAGACCCCAGACCGUACCAGAGGACGGGACUCACGGACCCUUUAAUACUGCUGAAACCUGAAACCCGUUUCUGUCUCUAACAUGUGCAAAUAAGGGAAUUUGUUGUUUUCGUAAUGUGGCUGCAGUGGCCAGUGUUGCAUUCAUUAAAAGAGAAUGUCCAGAAGAAAAAGAAGAAAGGGAGACCUGAUCCAGAGCUGCACAUUAAUAUUAAACCUAACUCACGAGCUGACACACACUUCAGCUCUGUGUCAGGAAGGACAGCUGGCCUGAAUCCUCUUCUUAUAUCUGAGUGCCUGAAAUCUGUGCAAGUCUACAGAAGGAAAACAUGCUUUGCUAUGUUUUUCCCACAUAAUGAGUCCUAUUUCAUAAAGUACAGUACUGUGAGAAGGUGUUUAGCACUUUCCUAAUUUCUUAUUUUCUUUGCAUAUUUGUUACAGAUCAUCAAAAGUUAGACUUUGAAAUUAGUAAAAUGCAGUUUUUAAAUGAUUGUUACACAUGUUAAAACUAUUCAAACCAACCUAUGUGGGAAAAGUAAUCCUGACUUGAUCCAAUUGAGUGAUGAGUUUGCCACUUAACACAAAUAAUCGACAGCAGUUUUUGCACAACCAGUUAUUUGGUCUUUGGGGGUAACAACCAUAAGUAGGGACAGAAAGGUAGGUUUGUAUAGUUUAUUUCCCUUAAAUAAUCAAAUAAUCAUUUAAAAACUACAUUUUAUAUUUGCUCCGGUUAUCUUUGUCUAAUAUUAACGUUUGCUUGAUCUGAAACAUGUAAGUGUGACAAAUAUGUAAAAGAAUACGACCUCAGGAAGUUGGAGGAACACUUUUACACAACACUGUCAAUCCCAUUUAUUGUUCUGGAAUAUCUAAAUGAUGAGAUACGAUUCAAGCAGCUGUCACCUGGUUAACUGUAACACCAACUCUGUGGACAUCACAGUCAGUUCAGUUAUGUUUGCAAACUCGUGGCACACAAACAGGAAACCAGUGAGAUACCUGGAACUAGACUUUCUAGAAUCCUGUUGUGCAAUCUGUUGAUGUAAACAAAGAAACCAGACCUAAUCAGUGUGUAAGAUGGACUUCCUGUUUAAGAGAGGAUGAGUGCUCUGACGUAAGAGCUCAGCUUUUGUGCCAUGUUCAUAUAUUCAGACUUUGGUUUUUGGCAUUUUGCACACAUACAAAGUAAAGACAAAUGGCCUUUUGUGUUUGAGCUCUGAAACAAGCUGUUUGAACUCGUGGUUAGGUUUCUACCUUUAGGAAGCCUGCCGAGGGGCAGCACACAGGUCUUGUGAGCUGUACUGCAUGUACGUUUCGGAGUGAUUAAAUAAAUAAUGGUUUGAUUUUGUAUGGCUAUUCUGUGAGUGUGACAAAAGUCUCAAUGUUGCCAUGCAUUCAGUGCUCACAGAUGCAAAUCAGCGGAAACAAGAAUAUUAGAUUAGCUUCCAGCCAGUGUGGGUAGUGUUACACCUCCUGCAGAUCUUCUGAUACACAGGAAGGCAUCACCGAAGAACUGAAACUGGAUUACAGUUGUCACAGUUCAGAUGAUGCUUUGACAGUACCGGUGACGUUACUGCUCCUGAACGCUGCACACAGGCCUUACACACAAAAAGAAAACUUCCACACCACAGAUGUUGAAGUGUUUACAUUAAAUUCUGUCUUCUGCUCUCGAUACUUGUUAGUGAGGAGCAUGGCUUGAUCUAAAAUGGGAUUGACACACCUUGUUUUAAUUCUGAGUCAGUGUUGCUGCCAUUGCUACAGCUCCAGUAGAUCUUUGAAUGGCUACUUUAGUUCCAAACCCCUGAUCUUUGUCAUUUCAGUGUGAUGUCACUUCCUCUUUCUUGCUGCUCACCUCAGGUUGGGAUUAAACAACACUAGUGGCACUGUUUGAGUUCACAGCUAAAACCAUGAUGUGUCAUUUUGAUUUGAGCCUGUGUGUGCUGAUUGAUGAACUUCUCUUUAACCAUGCUGUAUAUUGUUUACAUUUUGUUCGAUUGCCAGUUUGACUUGGCAAGUCUUAGUUAAAUAAAGUUACGAUCUUUUCA